GGUGUGGAGAAGAAAAAUGAUAACUGUCGGCGGAUACACAUACAGAAGUCAAAUAAGAGGGAUGCUUUGAAGGACGUCCUACUUGUCCUUAAAAGACAGGAGCAUCUAGAUAGCUUUCAACGAACUCCCAGGCCUUACACGAAACGCAACGCUGACUACUGGGAGGAUGUAAUUAAAGAAGUCUCUGCUGUACAGGCAGAGAGAUUUGGAAGCCUAAAUGCAUCACCUCAAACACAGAUAGAUAUGGAAAAUAUGUCACCUGCUGAUUUAAAAAACAAGCUAAAGGAAAUGGGAAUAGUGACUCGAGUAAGAGACAUAAGAAAACUGCAAGAGAUGUAUACUAAUGCAUUACUAGAGGCAUCUACAAAUUGA